AUGACGAUACAAGCUAAUGGUAUGUGUGUCAGUGAUCGCAGCAAUAUAUAUUCCACAUUUGAAUUAUGCAAAAAUGUUUUUUUCUUUUUGUUCUCCUUAUUAAUUACGUUUUCCUUCCUUUGUUUCUGUUCACCAGGCAAGCCAUGCCCGGAGAAGACGCGUCCACAUAAAACACGUUGCGAAGCGUACUACAAAUGCUUUGAGUUGCCGUCCAAACGACAUGUUUGGGUGCCAGAAAAGUGUGAGUCUGGACUCAUUUAUGAGCACAAUCUUGGUUUAUGUGUGCUGCCUGAUGACGAAUGGGAAUGCAUGCUGGGAGUUGGUACACAUAAUAGUAAAAUUGAAAAUAAAGCAGACACCAAAGUGUCGACGUUGUCCUCAAAUGAAAGACAAAAACAAGUAACGAAAAAUGAAGAAUUAUAUAUUAUAAAUAAUAAAAACGAGGAUGAUGAUGAAGCCGAGGUGUCCCUAAUGCACCGAAAUGAGAAACCAAACGAUAACCAUGUGGAAGUUAUAAUGAAUACGAAUAUAAGUAGUGAGGAAAAUGAAACUGAAGUGUCUGAUGAUGAAGUUGAGUCUAGCGGUGAUGGUAUGGGCGAGUUAUUAGAAAUGGAUAGUUUUUUACAGGCAGAAAAUCGCGAAACAGACGAUCAACAGCUAAAUGAAGAUGAUGAAAAUGAAAUCGUGCAAGAAACUACAACGAAAAAAUCAAAAAUUGAUCCAAAACUUACAGCACAUCUUCAGCGUUUGUCCCAAUUAAUCGAUGGACUAAAAGAUCAAUACCAGAAGGGUGAGGAAGAGCAAACGGAAUUACGCCCCGAUCAGUUGAAUGCUUUUCUGGCACAUUUUAAUAUACAAAAUAAAUUUAAUUUAAUUAAACCAACCUUUGAGGCGAAUUCAAAAGAAAAGCUGGACGCAACAACAACCACCACAGAGGUACCAGAGUCCACCACCACAUAUGCCACAUAUCAAACCGCACCAAUGAAUAAGACACUUUUGCAAGAACAUUUGGAUCAUAAAUUGAAACCGGAAACUAAAGUUGUACUCACCAAUUCGCUACCGAAACGCUACGAUACAACGGGCUACUCGAACUCGCAAAUUGUCGUUAAUCGGCCCGAAGGUUCCGUACUCUUCGCCUUGCCACAUUUCGGCAAUGAGCAAACGUCUAAUUAUGGCCACAAUACACCAAAAAUAUCUGAGGAAACAUUAAAAACGGUAUUAGAGUUGUCUAAACAAAUGAUUGCCACACAAAAUAUACCGAAAAUUAUACCGAACACAGGUUAUUAUACACAACCGUUAAUACAACCGCUCUUCCUGCCCGCUUCGGCCUUUCAGUCGCAAGCUCAAGUGAAUCCCUUUGCAGCGUACUUCAAUGGCAAUAACAACAAUAACCAUAAAAAUCAACAAGUAGAUUACGAUGACAGCGAGGACAAAUUUAGUCAAUUCGGUAGUAGUAGUUACACAAAUAAGUUGUCGGGCCAUAAACAGUUACUACGACCCGCCAGCGGCUAUAAUAAGCCCAGCAAUACCAUCAUUCACAAUAAUGUAAUACCCGUGCAUCUAACUUCGACAGGCUCAGGUGAAAAGGAGAUUGUGGACAGCUAUGGUCAGAGUUUAGGACUCUAUCCGCCACUGCAUACGGAUGAUCGCAAUAGUUAUCAACAACACUUUCUGCACACACACAAUUUCGGUGACAAUAAAUUCCUCGCAAGUCUCACAACGCCACAUCCACAAAUUUCCACCACGCCACCGCCAAACUACGCUGCGCAAUAUGCGGCGUAUCCUACAGAAUUGGGUGCGACUACUAGUCGUCCCAUUGAUUUUCAACCCACAUCGCCAACACUUAGCGAAUAUUUCUCGCCGAGUCCGCAUUUGAAUGAUAAUAAUGUCAAUAAACUCUUUCAAUCGACCGAUCGCUAUCCGACUGUACAAUACGACGAUAUACCGCGACCGAUGAACAUGGGACGUCCAUCACUAUUCACGCCACAAAUGGAUACACACACAGUGAAGGUACGUCCUAAUGGACACAAAAUCGAGAGCAUGGAAAUCGAAGCAGACGAUUACAAUGAUAAUCACGCACGUCCACUACCACAAUUAUUCACUUACAACUACAAUAACGAUAAGCUGGAUAUAAGCAAUCAAUAUCAGGAGCCGGUGUACAGCAACAGUGGUUUGGCUGGCAAUAAACACUCAUAUAUGCCACGCCCGUCUGCUAGUGUAACCGCUACACGCCCAACUUAUACAAAUGCCGCGAAUAAAUUGAAACCUUACAACACACACUCUUCAUCUUCAUAUUCAGAUGGUACUCAACUAGUCAACUUGGGCGGGAACUUUGUGAGCUUUGAUGUUUUUCAAAAUACGAUACUACCGCUGCUUGGACAGUCGCAAACGCUCAACGAAUUAAAUAAUGUGGAGGUGAUCACUUGCGCCACAGGUAUACGCCAGCCGAACACCACCGAUUGUACGCGCUACUACGUGUGCAGCAAGAAGGAUGGCAAGGUGCUUUCCUACUCUUGUCCGCCAUACACUGCCUUCAAUGCACAAUCACGUAUUUGCGACGCACAUACAUAUGCGGUAUGCACGCCAGAUGCGAUAAUGAACAGUUACACCGUAACAGAGAAUAAACGUUUACAACUGGAAGCAAUUAAAGCAUUGCAGGAUGCUAAGCGGCGUCAAGAGCAAGCGUUGAAGGCACAAAAUAUAGCGAAUCUAUUGCAAAAAUAUGGGCAGACACAGGCGGCAGCUAACGAGGAUGCACAGCAACAGCAGGGGGACAGUGGUGAGAAGGAUAUGUUGGAUGCGUAUGUGCAGCAGGCGGCAGCCAUGAGUGUUUACAAUACAACGCCGAAGCCAACAACAGCAGCGCCUAUAAAAAAACGUAAAUACUAUUGUAAAGAAGGUGAUAAAAUUGCUGAUCAAACCUCAACGAAUAGUUAUUUUGUUUGCUACAAAAAUGCGCAAGGUAUGAUGAAAGGACACAAGAUGACGUGUACGAAAAGUUUGAUUUUCUGUUCGAAAACUGCAAUGUGCACCUUAGCGAGUAAAUGCGCGUAGGCUGAAAGCGAAAACAAAUAAAUUAAAACAAUUAAAUGUGGAAAAGAAAUGAAUUGCAGUAACAGCGACUGAUUAUGUGGGCGAAUAAAACGGAAACGGAAUACUGUGAAAGGAAAUGUGUGCGCAAUCAAAUGUCAAAACAUGAAUAUCCGACCGUUGGGUGCUGCCAGAUUACAUACUUACCGUAAUAAUAAAAUAAAAAGGCAGAAUUUCGUAGAUUUCGUAAGACUUUAUAUAUAUAUGCAGGAAGAUUAUAAUAAAACUAUAGAAUUUGUAAUAUAUUACUAAUUAUUUAUGUUAUGCUGCAAUAAUUAAUGUGUAUGCUGCUUAUAUAUAUAUCUAUAUAUACAUAUAUAUAUAAACACUGAUAAACAGCAUGGACGAUGUGCUUUAUUAUAAAAGGACUUAUGAUUGAAACAAAUUAAAUGAACUUAAUAUUUGCCAAAUUUAUUUAAUUUUACGCUAGAUUAUAAGUAAUUUAUUAGAUAUUUAUAAAAAAAAGCAAAUCAAAGAAAUUGUAAACGAACAAGGGAGCGAGAAAUUUUGUAUUCUAACUAAAAAAUGACAAAAAUACUAUAAU